UGUUAGCUACGUCCCAAAGCGUCUAUAAGCUUUAUUAAUAAUGUACAACACGGAAGUGUUUCUGUGGUGAUAUUAUGGCGGAACUAGGUCGGCAGCUACAGGAAUACGUGGCGCAGAAUAAGGAAGACGAGCGCAGUGAAGCGGGAUGGAGGAACUGGUUCGGCGGCCCUUCUACUUGGAGUCCGUCGCUCUCCGGCCGUGCUGGAGCCGGCUGGUCUCUGCUCUCUCCCUCGGACUCGUCCUCUUCUUCAGCAGCCCCUGACCAGCCCCCUCCUUCUGGUAACGGCUUGUCAUGGUCCUGGGCCCCCCUUCAGCCAGAUUCUCUACUCCCCGGCCUGUCCUCUUCACAGCGGCUGCUACUGGCUGGGUUGUGUGUUCUGCUCUCAGUCAUGUGUUUCGGGCUGGCUGGACUUUACGUUCCGGUGCUCCUACUCCGGGCUCGCAAGUUCUCACUGCUGUGGUCUUUGGGUUCCACACUUGGCCUGGCUGCUGCUGCUCUCAUUCGGGGGCCCAGUCGAUUCUUGCGGGAGCCUGAGCUAUGGAGCCUGUUGUACAUGGCAGCCCUGGGAGGUACAUUGUAUGGCGCUCUGGGUAUCCGCAGCACAGUUCUCACGGUUAUAGGGGCUGUCGCACAAGUCAUUACAGGAUUUGGUCUUCUCAUGGGCUUGUUGCCUGGCGGUGCCAUAGGUAGACGCUACAUCGGCAGCUUGUGUGGGAGCCUGCUGCGUAAAGGGGUGUCCAAUGCUCUGCCUGUGUGAUGACACUUUAUUGUUUCAUUAAAUGCCCCAUACAAUAAUAAUGCAUCUCCCGAACAGUGCCUGAGUCAGACUUAAAAGGAUUAUUUAGGAGAGAGGGGCAGUUUGUUCCAUAAAAGAACGCAUAAGGCAAUACUUCAGGUACUUCCAUACUAUUGCGUUGAGGGGCUUUGCAAAAUGUAACUAAAAUAGACUAAGAUUACAUGCAGACGAAUUAUUACUAAUAGAAUAAGAUGCCCGAGGCAAUACCUGAAAGUGUUUUACCCAGGAGUGUGUGAAAAAGAUUUCUCAACGGGCUUUUUUUUUCUGUGGGCUAACGAGUUUACUUCUAAAGUUGGGUUUUGAAUCAGCAGGUCUGAGCUGGCCCCACAGAAUGAUCUAUAUGACCUUUGUUUGGAAUGUGGGUAUAAGCAUAUUGCUCUCAAGAUGGCCCUGGACAUGUGGAAUAGUGUAACUGCUGGUCACUAUAUGCUUUGUGUGUAGACCUGGAGUUAAACUGCUGUCAUCCCAUUGAAAAAAGACACAAAGGAGAACAUUAUUGCUAAUUUUGUUGUUGUCAUUAACAAAAGAGAGAAAACCACACUUUUUUUAUAUAACAAGGUUUAUUGUAAUAAAACCAUCUCACCCCUGUCACAGCUGACAGCUAAAACUUACAUUUUGUCAUCCUAUCCACAAAAUAAGAAUACUGUACUGUAAAAUUUGUUUUUCUCUUAUUGUGUUUCCAAUGACUCUUUAGGCUUAUUUUUGUUUACAAAUUGCAGUUUUGCUCUUUGAACCAACAACCCAUUCAAAUAGGUCUGAUCUUUCUACAAGUUCACCCUGUCUCUUUCUAUACACAAAUGCUUUCUUGCCUCAUCUCUGUACAAAAACCUAUUUAGAGAGAACAAUUGAAAAUUAAUAUUUUAAUACAUAUUCCUCCCACCCCACACUGGGAAUGUAAUUUCUUCUGCUGGCUUUUGUUUACCUAGCUUUUUUUAUUGCCAAUACUUCAGUAUUUGAAUAUAGGUAGCAAAUUCAGUAAGCAAAAUCUGCUAUUCAAUUGACGAAAGUAAAAUAUAAUACACUCCCGCAAGUAAAAUGGAGCACUGAGAACACAUUAAAAGGUAAACAACUUGCAAUAUGCUGCCCCUUUAAAAUAUUUUAUUGUUUAAAAGAGAAUAACUUUUUUUUUUUUUUAAAGGCCCAUUAUAGUAAAAAAAAAAAAAUGUUGUCAUUGGUUAGAGCAGGGGUCGACACAUCUGUUUAAAAUUUAGGAGCCAGUAAGAAUGUUUAGGACCCAUCCAUACAUUUAGGAGCUAGCCAAUGUUUGCAUAUAGAUAUAAUAUUAUUAUUCUUAUUUAUUUAUAAAGCGCCAACAGAUUCCGCAGCGCUGUUCAUAGGUAGCAAAGAUAAAAAGACAGUACAAUAUGAGACACCAGACAAAAUUUAACAAACAAAUACAGGAGGAAUUGGGAGCCCUGUUCCUGUGGGAACUUACAAUCUAUAUGGAAGAUAACUCAAAACGUUAGGAGCCAUCUACCCUGCAAAUUUGUGGAACUGCUCGUCUUAAGUGGCAAAUACCCCUGAUCUAUUGAGCCGUGUUAGUCGACCCAGUUGUGCAACUAGCGCUGCUGAUUAGAUCAGCAGUAGUUUUUUUUUUUUCUCAGGACCAGCAGUUCUCUAACCACCGUGAAGUGGUUAGACACAAAGAUAAACGCAUACAUUUGCAGGCUCACUGGUGAUUUGAUUACAUGCUUUAACAAAGGAGAGCAUGUCAUUAUAUUGGCCUUCCCUAGUAAUACCAGUGAAGAACCCUUCCCCGAAGGAGCAUGGACAGAACCACCACUCUCCUGAUUUACCUAUAAGGUAACCCUAGUCCUCUUCCUAGUUCUGUCUUGCCACUAGGUGAGCAGGGCUAGGAGACUCUCCCCAAGCAAGGCUUCUGCUCUUUUGCAUGUAUCUGCAUUUAUGCACCCAAGGUUGACUCAGGCCACUGGUUUGCUGUGUGAUGUUAAGUUUCUCCAUCUGGAGUUACUGUGUGGGGGCGACAUGUUCUGCAAUAUUAUAUUGUGGGGGUCACUAAAAUGGAGUUUUAAAGGGACAUGAAACCCACAUUUUUUCUUUCAUGAUUUAGAAAGAGAAUGCAAUUUUAAACAUCUUUCUAAUUUACUUCUAUUAUCUAAUUAGUUUUAUACUCUUGAUAUUCUUUGCUGAAAAGCAUAUCUUGAUAUGCUCAGAAGAUGCUAAUUGGUUGCUGCACAUAGAAGCCUCGUGUGAUUGGCUCACCCAUGAGCAUUGCUUUUUCUUCAACUAAGGAUAUCUAAAAAAAUGAUGCAAAAUAAAUAAUAGAAGUCAAUUGUAAUGUUGUUUAAAUUUGUAUUCUCUAUUUGAAUCAUGAAAGAAAGAUUUUGGGUUUAGUAACCCUUUAAUAGUUUACUCUGCCAGCAGUCAGGGUCUAAGUAAUAUACAUUUGCUUCAUAAUGAAGCAUUUAAGAGGAUAGCAUGACUUUUAAAAGGGACGUUAAACAGUCUGUUUCAUGUUGUAAUAAAAAAGCAUUGCUUAUACUUAAUAAAUGGAUGUUACCUUUUAUAUUAAAUAAAAAUGUUUACACUACAUUUGUGCUUCCUGUCACAGCCCUAUCAAGAGGAGGAGCCUUUGCAGGAAGUUGUCUUAGCCUCAUGUUAUAAAACGUCUAGGCUAGUGAAUAGAGUUUUCAAAACCUGUCGUCAGGCCUCCCCGAUGGUCCAGGUUUUCUGGAUUACCUUGGAUGAGAGCAGGUUAAAAACAUGUUAACCAGUCAGCUGAUUAUUUCACCUGUGCCUCAGUUCAGAUAUCCACAAAAUGUGGUCUGUUAGGGAGACUGAGGGCAGGUUUGAAAACCACUGGACUAGAUAACAGGAAGUCAGGUUUGCUCAGGCCCAGAACUGACACAAUACAAACUUAAAUCCUCUGCUCUUAAAACACUGGGUGCAGGGCUACACUGAGAAUUUCUUAGUGUAAAAAACAGCAAAUACUGUUUUCUUGCAAAAUUAGCACUAUCUUUAUAUAUAUAAUUUGUUUUUACCAUAGGAGCUCGGUUUGAUUAUCCCUUUUAAGUAUGUGAGGUAGAGAUCAGAAAGCCAAAAUUUAGUUUGGAUAUAGCUUUUGCAAAAACUCAAAUUUUGAUUAUUUACUCAUGAAUUAAUACAUAGGCAUCCUUUUAUAAGACUGAUGUUUUGUGUCAAGAAAUGAGUUUUUUAAUCUUUUAUGUAACAUUGUUAUAUUGAAAUGAUCUUUAAAAUAAUAAAUUGGUUCAUAAUUUCUAUAAAUCUGAAUUUAGGUCUGGCGUAUAAAUAGUGUACAUAAUGGAUUCUUUUCACUUUCAUUUUUUUAUUAUUUAAUGAGAAUACUGUACUUAAACAUUGCUUAAUUAAGGUUUGACAUUUUUAUUAAUCUGGGGUGUAUUUCCUUUAAGGUACAUGAAACCCCAAAUUUUUAUUUCAUGAUUUAGAAAGAGCAUACAAUUUUCUAAUUUACUUGUAUUAUCUAAUUGGCUUCAUGCUCUCGAUAUCUUUUGUUCAAAAGCAUACUCUGUGGCUACUGAUUGGUGGCUGCACAUAGAUGCAUUGUUAUACAUUGGAAUGUUUAAAAUUGUAUUUUCUAUUUGAAUCAUAAAAUAAACAAAUUCGGUUUCAUGUCCCUUUUAAACACUCAAUGAGAAACAAGAUGUUUGACUUCUUUAUUACUUCAGAGUAUAUAUUUACUAUGCACUCAUUGUAAAACGUAUGCAUAAAAUGGUUUGUAAACAUAUUUUGUAAUCUUCGGAGCAGUCCAGGGAUAAACAUAAUAAUAAAUCUGCUGGGUAUGUUAGUCUGACCUCAUUUACUGUAACCAAUAUGAGGACAGAAUUAAAGAAGCAUAGGAACUACUCCAAACAAUUUGUGUUGUGGGAUUAGAUAAACCACAACUGUUUUUACCAGUGCUCAGGGAUCCUUUUUUUUUUUUUUUUAAAUCCUCUAUCUCGGGGUUCUUCAAACUUUUUUUUUUUCCCCUCAAGAUUCAGUGCCAUGAUACCAUUUACCUUUGUGACCCUAUAUUUUUAUUUAUUUUUUUGCUUGGUCUGAAAAUGUUUGAAGUAAAUAUACAAGACAGCUGCAGUUCUUGGCAAAUUGACUAAAAUGUUUGCAUACUUUUAUACCUGAUUGUAGUCAAACCUGAAAGUGUUGUAAAAGGUAAAAAACUCACCCACUCAUACAACACACACACCCUCAUACAACACACCCCCCCCAUACACCAUACCACACACACCCAUACAACACACACAAUCAUGACACAGUAAUGGGUCCCAACCUGUGGUUUGAAGAACCCUACUGUAGAGAUCUGACUUUAUUGUAAAACAUUCCUUCCACAAAGGCAUUUUGUUGUGUUAUUUCAAAUUAAUACCUAAUAUGUAUGUUACUUCUAAUUUGCAACUUUACAUUUCUGGUCCUUCCUAAAAAAUGCUGCUAACAUUGUAUAAUGAAAUGCAGUGUUCUUUGUAAACUGGAAUAAAGUCAUUUCCCUGUAUUUAAAAAGGA